AUGAAGGAAGUGGAGUCCCCGGAUGACCUGGCCCGUAGGAACUACCUUGCUAAGGAGAGGUACUGGCGCAUGAAGAGCAUGGAGGGCAAGAUGACGCGGGAGUACAGCAGCAAGUACAGCAAGCACAGCAGCGGCGCCCACCACACGCAGGCACUGCUGCUGGCCCUGCAGAAGGUUACGGAGGAGCACCUGCGGGUCAAGAAAGAGCAAGAAGAACGUUACCCCAACAUGGAGUCUGAUGGAGUUGAACUGCACGACCUCAACCAACAGCAGCAACAACAACAUCAACUUGCGGGGGAGGCCCUGGCUAUGGACGACCACGGGUCUCCACCAGACCACCUGCAGCAGCAGCACCUUAUGGCGCCCUCUGGGUCUCAUCACGACCGCCGGGGUCUGCAGGAAGACCCUGUCCCGCUAGACCUCCAGCGCCAUCACCAGGAACAACAGCAGCUCCAUCAACACCACCAACAGCAACAACAACAACAUGCGCAUGACAUGCAUGAUGUGCAUGGAGCACAACAGCGCCACUCCAUGCCCUCCUACAUGGAUCAUCUGGAGCACAUGGACCAGCUGGAGCAGAAGCACAUGCCUCACUUGUCCCUCCCACCGUCCCACCAUGCCCCGCCCCACUCAAGGGCCCUGGCCACGCCCCCUGGUUCGUCCCUCCCACUCACGCCUUUGUCCCGCCUCCAGGCGGGCCCUCCCAUCAACAGCUCCCUGCCAAUCACGCCGCUGUCCCGGGCCCAGCUGGUCCCCCUAUCUGAAUCUCCGCUCCCAGCUUCUCACUUGUCUCGGAUCGAGGCCCCGCCCAACGAAUCCAGUAUGCCAAUCACGCAGCUGUCCCGCUCCCAGCUCACUGGGUCUCUGCCAAUCACAGCUCAUCUAUCCCGCUCCCAGCUCCUCCCAUCACUUUCUUCUCAGCCAAUCACAUCACAUCUCUCCCGCUCCCAGCUCCUCCCAUCACUUUCCUCACAGCCAAUCACAUCACAUCUUUCCCGCUCUCAACUCCUCCCCUCGCUAUCCUCUCAACCAAUCACAUCACAUCUCUCCCGCUCUCAACUCCUCCCCUCGCUAUCUUCUCAACCAAUCACGUCACAUCUCUCCCGGUCGCAGCUCCACCCCGCGGGUUCCUCGCAACUCCCCUCGCCCCGCCCACUUCUCUCGCCCCGCCCCCCGCUGAGCGAUGCAGACGCUAUUGCUGCACUGCAGCAUCACUUGACGCCGCAGCAACUGCAGCAACAUCUUGUAGCCUUGCAGCAACAGCAGCAUGAAUCUGAGCAGCUACAUCACGAACAGUUGCAGCAAGACCGCUUGCAGCAACAGCAUGAACAGCUGCAACAGUUGCAACAGCAACAAGAGAUGCAGCAACAAGAACAACAACAACAACA